CUGUAGCGGUCGUCCAUCAAAGUGGCGGUUGCGUAAAGGUGUGAGUUCAGACCGUAACAGCACAGCUUGUAUAUAAUGCCCUUGUAUAGGCGAAUAAACGCUGCACCAGUAAAUAGGCAACUGGUAAUUGGUCCCCUUUUAUUUACGAGUAUGCCGAUGGUUUGCUCGUGUAUUUUACACCAUCGUGUGACAGUGCUCGAGGACGCAAGUUAUUAUCGUACUUCACUUGUAAUGACAGCCAAUGCAAAGUUUGAACGUUCCAACCACCUGGAAAAUUGGAAAGGGAAUGGAACGACGAAAGAACGACGUCCGCAGCGCGGUUUGCGCGUUGUAGUUUACAGACGACCUACCGCCGUUAACUCAAACCGAUAGAUUGGUGUGAGUGCACUGCGGUUCCCAGAAGGCAAUCGGCCACAAUAACAUACGUCACCGAGCACGUGACCAUUAAGCGGAGCCGACCAAAAUCCCAAACAAGGAAAUGGUGGGGUAAUAAAACGAUCGGAUCAUUUAAUUAAUGCAUGUAAUAAUUAAUAUUUUAUUUUAUUGUAAAUUAAGAAAUAUUUAUGGGUUAAAAUGGACCACGACUUCAAAACGAAGCUCGCCGCCGAGAGGGAGAGAGUGGAAGAUCUGUUUGAAUAUGAAGGUUGUAAAGUGGGUCGCGGCACAUACGGGCAUGUUUAUAAAGCGAAGCGUAAAGACGGGAAGGACGAGAAGGAGUAUGCACUGAAACAGAUAGAAGGCACUGGUAUUUCCAUGUCUGCCUGCAGGGAAAUUGCUUUGCUGAGAGAGUUAAAGCAUCCAAAUGUCAUCGCCCUGCAGAAAGUAUUUCUCUCUCACAGUGACCGCAAAGUCUGGCUCCUGUUUGACUACGCUGAGCAUGACCUGUGGCACAUCAUAAAAUUUCAUCGAGCGUCAAAGGCCAACAAAAAACCCAUGCAGCUACCAAGGGGGAUGGUGAAGUCUCUGCUUUACCAAAUCUUAGACGGCAUUCAUUACCUGCAUGCCAACUGGGUCCUGCACAGAGAUCUGAAACCUGCCAAUAUCCUGGUCAUGGGGGAAGGCCCAGAGCGAGGAAGAGUCAAAAUUAGCGAUAUGGGCUUUGCCCGACUAUUUAACUCUCCACUGAAGCCCUUGGCCGAUCUGGACCCAGUAGUCGUCACGUUCUGGUAGGGCACCGAACUGCUGCUCGGGGCGAGACACUACACCAAAGCAAUUGAUAUUUGGGCAAUAGGCUGUAUCUUUGCAGAGCUAUUGACGUCAGAACCGAUCUUCCAUUGCCGACAAGAAGACAUAAAGACCAGCAAUCCUUUCCAUCACGACCAGUUAGAUCGCAUAUUCAGCGUCAUGGGCUUCCCAGCAGAUAAAGACUGGGAAGAUAUCCGGAAAAUGCCAGAAUAUCCCACUCUACAGAAAGAUUUCAGAAGAACCACAUAUGCCAACAGCAGUCUUAUUAAAUACAUGGAGAAACAUAAAGUCAAACCAGACAGCAAAGUGUUUCUCCUGCUCCAGAAAUUGCUGACUAUGGACCCCAAAAGAAUCACUUCUGAGCAGGCACUGCAGGACCCAUAUUUCCUGGAGGACCCCUUACCUACGUCUGAUGUGUUUGCUGGAUGUCAGAUUCCCUACCCCAAACGAGAGUUUCUAAGCGAGGAUGAACCGGAGGAGAAAACAGAGAAGAACCAGACGCAGCAGCACCAGCAGACGGCUGCACAGAGGCAGACGCAGACGCAGACGCAGCAGGCUCCAACCCAGCAGAGCUCGGCGCAGACAAACGGCACAUCGGGCGCCGCAGGGGCCAACACGGGCCCCUCCAUACAGCAUGGACAGGAACAGGGGCCACCAAACAAAAAACCUCGCACCUCAGGAACCAGUGUUCUUCAAACAGACUACCAGCACUCCAGCUCGCGGCUUGGUUACCAGAGCAAUGUCCAAGGCUCUACCCAGUCGCAAAGCACUAUGGGAUACUCGUCCUCAUCUCAGCACUCUCAUCAGUCUCAUCGAUACUGAGACUCAAAGACAUACGUAAGCACUUAAAAAAAGAAAUAUUAACCGCAAGCUAAACGCCAGGCAAGUCGGCGUUGUCCUUCAAAUCAGUUGCUGGGUCUUUCCCGUAACAUGGUCCCGACAAACCCACGUUUCUUCCCUUGCAAAGCCGCCUGCCGUCCCGCGAUUCUCAGCAAAUGCUACUCCAACCAAAGCACAACUUUACAAUCGCUUUCUUUUGCUCAGAGCUGCUCAGAAGAACCAGAGCCACGAUUGGGCUUUGCAGCAUCUCGGUUUUUCAACAUACUGUAUUAAAACUUCCACCAGCUCCGACACCAACCUAAUAGUCUGCUGACUGCUGAGCAUGCUUACUCUUCUUUCACCACCGUUAAACCAAAACAGUCUCGCAGUGCUAUUCGGGUCAAAGCUGCAGAGCGAAGUAAAACGAGGCUUUUUGCAACGGGUCGUUAAAGCUGCCAUCCCAGUGGCCGGCAUCGUACCUACCAGAUCUCUCCAUUUACAGUGUUC